AUGGCACUAGGUAGAUAUCUGGGUGCCCACUUCUCGGGCUACACACCCACUAGAGCAGACUACCGUCGUAUUAUGCAAAAAAAUGAAAGCCGUAUAAACCCAUGGCAAGCAAACUUUCUUUCAAAAGCAGGAAGAAUGACUCUCAUUCAAAGUAACCUUGAGGCUCUCCCAGCCUAUAUAUGCUCCUCCUUCCUUCUUCCACAAAAGACGUGCCUUCAGCUGGACGGUGUACACCGCCAAUUCUUUUGGAACCAAUCCAAGUUAGGUUAUGCCCUCCCUCUUAUCGCUUGGAAAAAAGUCUGUCAACCUAAGGACCAGGGGGGACUUGGACUAAGGAGGUCUUACCCUUUAAACAAAGCCUUCAUCGCAAAGCUAGGUUGGAAAAUCCUGACGGACGAAAACAAUUUGUGGGCUAAAAUCAUGAGAAAGAAAUAUCUCCAGAAUAACAAUUUCUUUUCAGUUAAAAAGAAAACUAGAGACUCGCCUAUUUGGUCCAGCAUUCUAAAUCAACGUGAGAUCCUCCGGAAAGGUAUAAGGUGGAAGCUAGGAAAUGGGAAUACCAUUAAUUUUUGGAAAGAUAACUGGAUCGGACAAUAUGCCUUAUCUGACCUUUCGGGUAUCUCAUCUAAUCAUAUCAUGGAAGAUUAUACAGUGAGUUUUUUCAUAGAUGAAACUAAAAAUUGGGACAUUGGAAAACUUUCGUCAGUUCUUCCACCUGAAACUGUACAAAAAAUAAGAGGAAUACCAAUACCAGUUAACGACCUCCAGGACAUCCCUAUUUGGGGUUGCACAAACUCGGGAGAGUUUUCAGUAAAAUCUGCAACCUGA